AUGUCGACAGCUCCGGACCCCAAGAUUCAAGACCUGCUCAACAAGCCCAAGAACGAGCUCACUGAAUAUGAGGUCGCUCAGGUCGAAGAGCACGAGCUCACCGCCGGCCCGCUGUCUCUUCUGCAGACCGCCACCCGCACACACACCCAGGUCCUGAUUUCCUGCCGUAACAACCGCAAGCUCCUGGCCCGCGUCAAGGCCUUUGACCGACACUGCAACAUGGUUCUCGAGAACGUCAAGGAGAUGUGGACCGAGAAGCCCAAGGGCAACAAGGGCAAGGGUGUGAACAAGGAUCGCUUCAUCAGCAAGAUGUACGUUCGGGCCUCCGCUGCUAUCUGCUAUCGAUACCGCACACCUGUUGAUUCUUUAUUUUAUGUGCUACUGUUCCUGCGCGGCGACUCCGUCAUCCUUGUCUUGCUGAGCUGA